GUGCGUGUGCGUGUGCGUGCGCAUGCGUGCAUGGACAUAGUGGCUGUUUUGCAGUUCUUGUGCAACACUUUUUUGAAUUUCUCAUACUUGACAGAAAUAUUUCAUUUUAACAUCCAAGUAUGCUGUAACAUGAACCACAGUUACGUUAAAAAUGGCUAAGGCGCCGUUAAGUUGCUUAUGGUCAGCCAUACUUGAAAAGAUAGAGUACUAGAGAGUACAUAAUUUUACAACAGCGCAACGCUCCGUGAGGGAGGUUCAGACUGGGUGAAGAACAAUCGCUUGUCACACCUAUCGGGUAACGGUUACCGGGGCGACGGCAUGAAACAUGGAAGGGGAGUGUUCUGGAGGUGGGGAGAUCCCGCCCCUUUUACCUCCGUUCCAUAGGCAGGACAGAGUGGGCAUGCCCCAACCUCUCUGCACGUUCCCUCCCAGAUCUAAAUGAAACCACACUCUGGAAUGCACAUUCUCUCUCUCUCUCUCUCUCUCUCUCUCUCUCUCUCUCUCUCUCUCUGUCUCUCUCUCUCUCUCUCACUCACUCACACUUUCUCUCUCACCGUGUUCCUUACUCACAUGCACACACAAACACGCCCCACAUUCUCACUCCCUCAUGUAAGGCGCUCCAGUGCAGUGUUGUCGUCCUCCAGUCCUGCUCCUUCCUGUUUCCUUUAUUUUGUUGCUGGAGGUUUUUUUUGCACCCAGCUCAGCUGGUCCCUUUGGUUAACUCACAGACCUACACUGGACUGGUGGUUCUUGAGCUGGGUCGGAUCGGAUCGGGUCGUUCUGAAUCGGAACUGGACUUUCUCUGGGACUAGAAGACAGGGGGAACCCUCCACAACACAAAGGGAGCUAACUUGCAAACUUUCAGAACCAGCCUCUUUCUACUCUCUACUCUCUACUUUCUACUUUCUACUGAUCCUGUGCCAGCGGACGGCUGCUGAGAAGCCACAAGUGGUGGAGUAGUAGUGGGGAUAUCCCCAAACGAGCGGCGUGUGUGUGUGGCGUGUGUGUGCUGAGUGCCUCUGUGUGGUUUUGGUGUUUUGAGUGUGGAGGGGUUGUUUCCCCCACGAGAGGAGGUGAUCUCCUCAGGAGGCGUCUCACAGAGGAACCCCCCGAUGGAGGCUGGAGAGGAGGGGCUGGUGGCUGGUGGAGGAGGAGAGAGGAGGCAGCUUUUACACCCAGACUUUUAGGGUGAACAAAAGGAGAAGGUGUCAGGGCAGGCAGGGUGUGUGUGUGUGUGUGUGUGAGUGUGGAUGGGGACAGGACGUUUCAAGGGAAGAGGAGACAGAAACACACCCCUUAAACAACCGCUGAGCGCUACUACUACUGCAGGACUUCAUCCCAGAAACUCGAACUCAGAGAGACAGAGACACACGUACGCACACACACAGAGAGAGAUGGGUUCACUCGCUCCUGUAUCGAAGCUCCAGGCGGGCAAGCUGCCCAGGGUUCUGGACGGCUAAAACGGGACUGAAAAAGACACACACACACAAGCGCGCAGACACUCACACACACACACACACACACACACACACACACACACACACACACACACACACACACACACACACACACACACACACACACACACACACACACACACACACACACACACACACACACACAACGUAAACACACAACAGGUGGUGCUGCUGCUUGAGUCCUGGGUCAGGCGGAGAAUGGAAGCACUGAGGGAGUCUGUUCUUCACUUGACCUUUCAGAUGUCCUCCUACAAGAGGGCCACGCUGGACGAGGAGGAGCUGGUGGACUCGACCUCGGACGACGUCUACCCCUCGGCCAUCAUGCAGGUGUCGCUGAGUCGAGGGCCCGGACCGCGGUGUUGGACGGAGAGGACGCAUAUCGAGAGGAGACUGCUGGUCCUGGUCUGUGCCCUGUCCCUCGCCCUCUUCAUAUGCCUCCUCACACUAGGAGUACACUACAAGUCAGGACACCACGGAGUGUGUUUAUCGGAGUCGUGCGUGGCGGCGUCCAGCGCGGUCUCGUCCUCCAUGGACCGCUCGGUGGACCCCUGCCAGGACUUCUACAGCUACGCCUGCGGGGGCUGGGUCAAGCAGAACCCCCUGCCCGAGGGCAAGAGCCGCUGGGGGCCCUUCAGCAACCUGUGGGAGCACAACGUGGCCAUCAUGAAGCACCUGCUGGAGAACACGACCAUGAAGGGUCUGAGCCAGGCAGAGAAGAAGGCCCAGUGGUACUACCAGGCCUGCAUGAACGAGGCCAAGAUCGAGAGCCUUGGAGCACAGCCCCUUCAGGAGAUCAUCAACGCUACGGGCGGCUGGGGCCUGACGGAGCCGUGGCAAAAGGACAACUUCCAGGAAGUGCUGCGGAUGGUGUCGGCCAACUUUCGCACCACGCCCUUCUUCACCGUCUUCGUCAGCACGGACUCCAAGAGUUCCAACAGCAACAUCAUACAGGUGGACCAAUCAGGCCUAGGGCUACCCUCUCGAGACUACUACCUCAACAAGACCGCAAAUGCAAAGUAUCUGCAGGCUUACCUGGACUUCCUGGUGGAGUUGGGUGUGCUGCUGGGCGGCUCUGAGGAGACCUCCAAGACCAUGAUGCAGGAGAUCGUGGACUUCGAGACGGCGCUGGCCAACAUCACCGUGCCCCAGGAGGAGAGGAGAGACGAGGAGGCCAUCUACCACAAGAUGCAGGCCAGGAACCUCACGACGUUAGCCCCUGCUGUAGACUGGAUGCCCCUGCUCAGGGCCAUGUUCGCCCCAGUGGAGCUGAAUGCGUCGGAGCCUGUGGUGGUGUACGCUACAGAGUACCUUCGGAAGGUCUCAGAGCUCAUCCAGAACACCAACAAAAGCAUCUUAAACAACUACAUGAUCAUGAAAGUUGUGAGGAAGAUGGUCUCCAUUCUCGACCAGAGGUUCCAGGAUGCUGAGCACCGCUUCUUUGAGGUCAUGUAUGGAACCAAAAAGAGCUGCAGCCCACGUUGGAAGCUGUGUGUGAGUGACACAGAUAGUGCACUGGGCUUCGCACUGGGAGCCCUGUUUGUCAAAGAGACAUUUGCAGAAGACAGCAAGACCAGCGCUGAAGACAUGGUGUCCAUGAUCAAAUGGGCCUUUGAGGACAGCUUGAAAGACACCGCAUGGAUGGACCCAGAGACCAAAAAGGCCGCCAGGGAAAAGGCUGAUGCCAUUUACAACAUGGUUGGCUAUCCCAAGUUCAUCAUGGAUCCCAAGGAACUCGACAAGGUCUUCAAUGAUUUUGAGGUUGUGUCAGAGCUGUACUUUCAGAACGUCAUGCAGUACUACAACUUCUCUGGCAGAGUCACAGCCGACCAGCUCAGAAAAGCGCCCAACAGGAACCAAUGGAGCAUGACUCCGGCCACUGUGAAUGCCUACUACAACCCCACCAAGAAUGAGAUGGUCCUGCCCGCCGGCAUCUUCCAGGCUCCAUUCUACAGCCACACAUGGCCAAAAGCCCUGAACUUUGGUGGCAUUGGUGUUGUUAUGGGACAUGAGCUGACGCACGCCUUUGAUGACCAAGGGAGAGAGUAUGACAAGGACGGGAACCUGCGUCCGUGGUGGAAGAACUCGUCGGUGGAGGCCUUCAAGCGGCAGACCCAGUGCAUGGUUGAGCAGUAUGGCAACUACACCAUCAACAAGGAGCCCCUGAACGGCAGGCAGACCCUCGGGGAGAACAUCGCCGACAACGGGGGACUCAAGGCUGCGUACAAGGCCUAUGUGAACUGGAUCAGAAAGAAUGGGGAGGAGGAUACAUUGCCUGCACUGGGCUUGACCAACCAUCAGCUGUUCUUUGUCGGAUUCGCACAGGUGUGGUGCUCAGUGCGGACCCCUGAGAGUGCCCACGAGGGUGUGAUCACGGACCCCCACAGCCCGUCACGAUACCGAGUCAUUGGUACCAUCUCCAACUCCCACGACUUCUCCAAACACUUCAGCUGCCCGGCCAAGACGCCCAUGAACCCCACACGCAAGUGUGCUCUCUGGUGA